AUGAUAUAUUUUGUUUACUUAUUAAGUAUUUUGUUAGUGUUAGGGUUUAUGGCUUUCGCUUCUAAACCUUCUCCUAUUUAUGGGGGUUUAAGUUUAGUUUUAAGUGGUGGUGUAGGAUGUGGGAUUGUUGUUAGUUUAGGAGGGUCAUUUUUGGGGUUAAUUGUUUUUUUAGUAUAUCUUGGUGGAAUACUUGUAGUUUUUGGGUAUACAGCUGCUAUAGCAACGGAAGAAUAUCCGGAGACUUGAGUGGAUAGUACUGUGUUUACAAAUUUGCUAAUUAUGGUUGGGAUACUGGGGGUAAUUUGAUAUUAUUUUUCUGGAGAAGUCGAUUUAAGUAUUAAUUAUGAUUUGUUAGAUUUAGGGGGAGUUGAGGUUUUAGGUGGGGAUUAUAAUGGGGUGUCCUUAUUGUCUGCUUGUGGAGGGUGAGAGCUAAUUUUUUCAGGAUGGAUCUUGUUUUUAACAAUUUUUGUAGUUCUUGAGGUAACUCGUGGUGAACACUAA